AUGUCAAUUCGACGACUCCUCACGCGGCCCGGCAGCUUGCCAGCUACUUCGCUCUCCACCAAGGCAUCCCAUAUCCCUCGUUCCAACAUCCGAUUCUCGAGUACUGUCCCGGCGACCGUUGUGGCGGGCACAUUCUGGAGAUCCCUAAUACCGAAGCCGUUUCGCAAGGAGAACCGGGCAGCUAGCAAAAAAAAGGCGAGAGAAUGGAACCCUGCGACAUUCUUCAUCGCCAUCUUUCUGCUCAUCGGAUCCAUGUCGAUCCAAAUGAUUACCCUACGUCAUUCCUUCGACCGGUACAUGCGACAGUCAGAGGCUCGGAUCACGACCCUUCGGGAGGUUGUGGAGAAGAUCCAGAGGGGUGAAUCAGUGGAUGUGGAGAAGACCUUGGGAACUGGAGACGCCAAGAAGGAGGCGGAUUGGGAAGAGUUGCUGAAAUCCAUUGAGCGGGACGAAGCAACGCGCAAGGCGCAGAGACAAGAGAAGGCGAACCAAUCCGAACCAAUCACGAAGGUGGAAGCUGUUGCCCAGAUCGAAGAGCCAGCAUCCACUACCGAAGCUGCGCCGAGGAAAGCGAAGACUAGAAGCCUUGGAAAUUUCUUCUAA